AUGACGACCCUGGAGAAGAUCGGGAUCCAGGGGAUCCGGAGCUACGGGGACGAGGAGGCGCAGGAGUUGGAGUUCGCAUCGCCCAUUACGGUGAUCUAUGGAAACAAUGGGAGCGGAAAAUCAACAAUCAUUGAAUGUUUGAAGAUGAGUUGCACGGGGGACUUCCCCCCCAAUGCAGAUAAGGGAAAGUCAUUUAUACACGACCCAUUAAUAUCAAACAAAAUGAACAGUAGAGGAAAGAUAAAUUUGCUCUUAAAAAAUUAUAACAACAAAAGGAUUGGUAUAUCCAGAUCAUUUAGUCUUUUCUAUUGUAAAGACAAAAAUAAAAAAAUAAAACAUAGCUUUAGAGCCCUGGACAAUAAUAUAAUUAUAAAAAAAGAACAAGGACAAGACGAUGUAAUUAUUACGAACAAAUGUCUAGACAUAAAUGAGCACAUUCCCAAACUAAUGGGGGUGUCAAAGGCUCUGUUGGAAAAUGUAAUUUUAUGUCACCAUGAGGAGAGUCUGUGGCCAUUUAGUGAGUCAGUAAAAAUAAAAAAAAAAUUCGAUGAGCUUUUUGGGGAUGAUAACUUCUCCAGAAUUUUGGAUGAAUUUACAAAAUGUAGAAAAACUAUGAAUGAUGUUUUGAAGAGGAAGGAAUAUGAAUUGGCUACCUUGAGACAGUGCUACGAUAAAAAAAAAAAUGUGGCUUUGGACAUUCAAAGGAAUGAACAGGAAAUAAGAGAGUGCCAAACGAUUAUGCAAUUGGACAAGGAAGAAAUAGAAGAAAGUUUUGUCCUUUUAAAUACUUUAGAAAAGAAGAAAUUCUUGUUGAGAAAACUGAGUUCAAGUGUUGAUAUGUAUUUUGCUAUCCUGGACAAAUUCCAAGACGACCUCCAAAAUUAUAAAAAUGUGAAAGAGAUAUAUGAGGAGGAUGCAUCCGAGUUAGAACACUUCGCUGAACUGUUCGAGAGGGACUUGGCUAAGUGUAACCUCCUCAUUGAACAAGUUAGUAAUGAGUUUGCCCUGUUGGAGAAGCAAACCUGUUUGCCUAUUAAUUCGUGUGACGAAGCGAACGUAAAACGGCGAGAUGAAAUAUGCUCUAGUUUAUUUCAUUUGGAGAAACGACGGGGGGAAGCACACACUUUGAUCAAAACCAUUUUGGAUGUGGAUCACCCAUCCAUGGCGAGUGGGGUGAAGAGGACACAUGUGGGGAAGAAUCUCUCUGAGGAGCGAACCAGGGUGGGUAGCUUUAUCACGGCGAAUGAGCCAAUUUUUGGCGGCUUGCUGGUUCAGUGGAGGGCCCUGUUUGGGGGAACUGGUCCCAAAUGGGUGUUCCGCCGAGGGAGAGCGACCAGCAGUGUUGAGCGUAGCGAUGAUGGACAUAAAGAUGAUGCGCAUAGCGAUGAUGGGAGUGGCGACGGUGAGAGCAUGCGUGGGGACCCUACCAAUGAAACCAUCACAAGAGGAAGUUUUCCCUGCUUCAAACAAAUGCGCAGGAGAGGUGAGGAAGCGCUGGCUCUGCUCAGAGUCGAGGUGCGGAAGGACGCCAGGGAGCGACUCCGUAUUAGGAGGAAAAAAAAGAUCCUCAUGGAAAAAGCAAAAAAGUGGAAAAGGAAGGUAAUAAAAAUGGACAAAAGAAUUUCCGCCAUGGAAAGGCACAAAGAUUAUUUGGCCAAUUUCAAAGCGAGCGAUGAGUCGUACAAGGAGAAUUGUAACCACCUGGACAAAAUGAAACAGCUGGGAUGCGUCUACGAUAGCAUUGGCUUGAGCGAGGCGACCUGCGGGGAGACGUCCAGUCAUAUGGAUGACGACAUUGAGGGUAAGAAAAGGCAGCUCAGACAAAUAGAAGAAUUGAAGAAGCAAAUGGAUAAAGUGAUGCUCCUUGGAAAACACUAUGAGAAAACCUUUGAAUAUUUUUUAUGCCUCCGGAGGGUGCGUCGCAAGGUGGCAUCCUUCUUCGAUGAGCGCCGAGCCCUUCUUUACGAACUGCGGAAUGUACCCAAGAUAUGCCGCUCCAUAGGGGAGCCUAGCGGAGAUUGGGCGGAAGAAGCGCAUUUGGCAAAGGGAAUAGACUACGGGCAGGAAUGCUCUACGGGAGAAGAAGAGGAGGAGAAAGAAGACAUUGAGGGGCAAGCCGAGUGGGGAGGCCAGGAUGGAGAAGACCCCAACGAAGAGGAGCACGCAACAUCAGCAGCAACAAAUAAUUUGGCCAAAAUUACCAAAAUGGAAAAUUUCACAUCAUUAGGGAAUCCCUCCGACGCGGAUUCGAGUAAGUGCCCCGACAAGGAGGAGCCCUCCCAUGGAGAGGUCUUCACCGGGGAGGCCUUCACUGGAGAGGCCUCCCAUGGAGAAGUCUGCAGUAAAAGGAACAAACGGAUGAACGAUUCUAUGGACGAGACGCAUAAUCGACUGAAGCGCAAAAAGGUGUUCAAGAUGGAACCUCCCCCUGGACAAAGCUACUUGAACAAAUUAAACGAUGUGAUAGGGCAAUACAUAAAUAAGUACGAUAAUAAAAUAAAAGAGGUGGAAAAAAAUACCUCCAAAUUGAAACAAACAUUGGUACUAACUUGUGAAGCAUUGCUGGAUGUGAGCAAGCGUGUAGGACGUUACCCAGACGUGCUAGCUCAGUUCUGGGGGAUGCUCGAGAAGAAGAAUUUUAAAAGCGUAAAAGAUUUUUUUGUUCACGUACGUCAAGUUAGGAAGGAUAUGAACAAUAUCAAAAUGGAGAUUGUCUCUUUAAAAACUAAGGAAGAGUCUCUGAGUCGUUUUAUACAGCAUGCCGAAGGGGGGAAUGCGUGUCUUUUGUGCAAAGGACACAUGGCUGAUGUUUCUCUGGACGGGUUCCCCUUGCUAGAUGUGGAUAAAGAAAGGAAAGAUAUAACCCUAGAGAUAGAGGACAAGGAAAAAACGCUCACAAAUUUAAGAGGCCAAAAAAAAGAAUUGAUGAUUCUGUUAGGACAUUACUAUAAGGAGGUUGAUCCCCUACACAGAGACAGCGCCUCUCUGAAUGAAAUUAUUGACUCACUUAAAAAGGAAGUGUUGGAUUUGCAAAAUGGGGUAGACAUUUGCUCCGACAGGAUACAUAAAAUUAAUGGCAAGUACCAAAUGAUGAAGCUUUUGCAGGAGAGGUGCACCCGUCUGAUGGAGAGUGAAACGGAUAUCUUUUGUGAGAGAGACCAGCUGGACGAGAAGCGGUCUGAUGUGAGGGCUGCUGUCAGUGGGCUAAGACAGAUGCGCAACGAGGGAAAGCAGCAUAGGGAAGCCCUGCUUGCAAUGGUAGAGUUGCUCGGAGGGAACUCGUCUUCACAAAAAAAUCUGUGUCAGCUUCUUCAUGAGUUUCUCCCCAACAUUAAGCUCCUGUGUGAGUGCCCAGAUGUUCACUUGAUGGUGGAGAAAGUUAAUGAAUACGUGGAAGACAGCUGCGUCCUAUUUAGUUGGGAAGGAGAGCUGUUCCGUGAUCUCGGGGCGACAUUGCAAAAUGGGGUUGAGAGUAAGAUGCACCAAGGUGUGGUAGGAGAAAUGAACCAAGACGAAGCGGGGAAGGAGUACAAGGGGAACACCAAGUGGGGGGUGGAGCCAAAAAAUGAAUCACACGAAAUAGAUGACAACUCGAGGAGUUUUUGUCCACAAACAAAAGACUGCUCUGCUAAUUACGCAAAACUUGGGGAAGAAAAAACGCCCCCCCUUUGGAGUAACACCCCCGUGUAUGAACCUUGCAAGUGCCAAGUGGACGAACCAAAUGGGAGGGGAACCCCCCCCUCAGAGAUGAACCCAAAUGAAAUGGACACCCUCCAGUCAAUAUGGACCAAUUAUGGUAAAUUCAUAAAGGCAUACGACAAACUUCAGAUGUACAUCACUUUGGAGUCAUUGAAGAAGGAGCAAGAAAUCGACCUUGCAGUUCGCAUAAAAUCGGUCAUUCGUGAGAAGAAGGAAAUCAUUAAGAGGAAGACAGAGGAAGCAGAGCGCAGUGUAGAAAGGGAAAAACAAAUUAGGGAAUCCAUCCUGAAAGCGCAGGAGUAUAUCUCGAACCAUCGUGGUAGAAAGAAUCGUUUGUACACAAGAGAAGAGGCAAUGGUGACAAGCAUAAAAGAACUGCACAUGCGAGAUAAGCACAUAGGGAGGAACAUUCGAAGGUGCAGAAACGACAUGGUACUUCAAAAUAAAUUGUGUUACAUCAAAGUGGAGAUGGUGAAGCUGCUACACAAACUCGUGACCGAUAUUGAAUUGGACAUGGAACAAAAAAAAGAGGAACUGAAACGAGUGAAGGACAAGAUAGAGAGUAACGAAAUUAUACAAAAUGAAUCAAACGAACUUGCAAAAAAAGUAAGUCAAAAAAAGGAGCAAAUGUUGUCUUUACAGGAAGAAAAAAUAAACAUUGAAAAAAUGCACCACAAUGUUGUUAUGAAUACCAACUUAAAGAGAAUGCAGGAAAAGUUUUUACUGCACCAAAGGGAUUUCAUUUCUUCACUAGAGAAAUUUAAAAGUGCAUUUUUCUCGCCUGAACAAAAGGACAAACAGUUGGAUAGAAUGAACUCCAUGAUAGCUUUUAUGGAGGAAGUAUACCAAACCGAUUGUGACAUUUACAAAUUUUUGGAUGAGAGUUUUUCCUUCUUGGAUCAGAAAAGGGAAUUACUUGAAUUGGUUUACAUGGAAGAAGAUAAUUUGAGUGACCAAAUAGAAUUUCACUCCCAAGCGACCACUAGUCUGAAAAUGAAAGAAGCAGAAAUGAAGGGGAAAAUUGAAUUGAGGAAAGAAUACAUAGACAAACUAACUAGCGAAAUGAACUCUGACACUUAUGUUGAUAUAGAAAAAAAAUAUAAAAAAAAAAUGAUCGAAAUUUUUGUAUACAAAAAUGUGAUCAAAGAUAUUUGUAACUUUUACAACUCCUUUGAUCAAGCAAUAAUUAAAUUCCAUUCUCUGAAGAUGCAAGAAAUUAAUAUGUCCAUUAGGAAUUUAUGGAGGAGGGUUUACAAUAGUGCCGACAUUGAUUAUAUAUACAUAAAAUCUGAGGUGCAGACGGAGAAUAAUGGAAAAAUUCACCAGAGGAGGUCAUAUAAUUAUCGCGUUGUCAUGGUUAAGGAUAACUGUGAACUCGAUAUGAAAGGAAGGUGCUCCUCUGGACAGAAAGUCCUAUCCUCCAUCAUCAUUCGACUCGCUCUAGCAGAAUCCUUUUCCGUCAAAUGUGGAAUUCUAGCUCUAGACGAACCGACGACAAAUUUGGAUAAGUCCAACUCGAAAAAUCUUGCUAGCCUCAUUGCUAAUAUUGUGGACCUCAGAAAGGACAGCUCCGCUUUCCAACUUAUUCUCAUCACGCACGAUACGCACUUUGUGGAUGUACUUUCACAGUAUGGGUUAACAAACUGCUUCUACAGGGUUAGGAAGAACAACAAGGGGUACUCGACCAUAGUCAGGGUGCGGCAGUAG